AGGAUUCAUGUCUUCAUAGUUAAACAAGGAAUGUAGAUAGCGAAAAAAAAAAGAAAAAAAAAAUCACAUUUUAACAAAAUCCCCAAAUUUAUGUAUCUGAAGACAGCCAAUAUUCAUGGAAUUUUCAUUCAAAUAACUUCUGUCAUCUAUUUAAUUCUUUUUAAUUAUGGACCUUUCUUCCAUCCUUCAUGCAGUUAACCCUUGUUUUUCUGUGUUCAUUAUAUUACAUUAAAUGGGUGUAAAAAUGGCAAUUCCAUGUGCUUAACUAGCUCAACCUCCAAGAUGACUACCCUUGUCAGACAUGCACAGCUUUAAGCAAUUUUCCCCCAUUUUCCAUACUAUCAGCCUCUCAAGACUUGGAGAAAUACCAGUGGACUCCCCAAAAAUUACGUAAAGUUGCCUCCAAUCAUAGCUUUAAGACCAGAUGAGAGCCUGGGAGCGGAAGGGUUAUUCCACCUCCCUCCCAUCCUGGACGCACCCCACCAUCCCCUCCACCCCAACAGCUCUGACCUGCAUAGAUGGCUAUAAAAGAGACAGUGACUCUGGAGCAUCUCAGCAUCACCUGCACUUUCAUCCUGAAGAAGGAAAACCAGGCAAAGAAAAGAACAACGAUGCAAUCGCUUCUAAAGGUCACCGUUCUGCUGUUUUGCGUUCAAGCUGGAGAAGGACACUGGCUUAGAACACUACUGGACACGGACCUCCGUGAUGAAGAACUUAGAGGAGGUGAUGGUGAGGCCAAGGAGGGUCCAGAGAGGCAGUUGGAAGGGGCAAUUCGGUUGCCCCGCAGCACUGAGUCCCCAUGUGCUCUGCACUCCAUCCUGCUGCAGGUACGAGACCUCGGGUUGGGCUAUGACUCGGACGAGACAGUGCUGUUUAAGUACUGCAGUGGGACCUGUCCUCGCCUUGCCUCCAACCACGACCUCACGCUCACCAACCUCCUGCAAAGCGGCGUCCUUCAAUACACCGGCCAUUGGCACCAUCAGCCAUGUUGUCGCCCCACACACCAUGAAGACAUAGCCUUUCUCGACAACCACCAUCACUGGCACAAAGUGGAGAAACUCUCCGCUGCUGCGUGCAUCUGUAUGGGGUAGAGAAGAUGGUGGCCAGCCGAAAUCUGGCUAUAUAAAGACUGUCUGUUGGUUUAGAGACUAUACAAAGUGCCUCGAAGUAAAAUAAGGCUCUUUAAGGUACGUUAAUUCAGGAAGUGAUAUUAUGUAUGUAUUGAGAUGUAUCAAGAGGUGAAUGUCUCUUUCUCUGAUGACAUUAGCUAAUAUUGUAUUUGAGAAUGUCAAAACGUUCAGUUUUGGAUAAUGACAACACAAUGAUGUGUUUGAGUGGCCGAUUCUGAGUCAAGAUUGUAACCCACUGCAUUGUCCAUCCGAACCAAAAAUGGAACAUAUUUAUGUGUUAAUAAAUUAUUUAUUUAUUUGAAAACCAUUUUUA